UGUGUCCUCCACACUUCUCCAUGUAUCUCAAACACACGAAAAUCCCACAAGAAAUCAGCUAAAACAACCCACAAAAACUUAUUAAUUAACCUUCCUUGAUUUUUAUUAUGGAAAAAAUCGAACAAAACAACCCACAAAAAUCCCAAAUUGAAAUCAACCAAGUUGUGUCAAGAAAUGAUGAUAUUGAAGGGCAAAAUAUUGUGCCAGAAGUUGAGGAGGUCGAAGUUUAUGAUUAUUCAAAGAGAGCACAGUGGCUCAGAGCUGCAGUUUUAGGUGCAAAUGAUGGGCUGCUAUCAACGGCGGCGUUGAUGGUGGGUGUUGGGGCGGUCCGGCAGGAUGUUAAAACCAUGGUCCUUGCCGGAUUAGCCGGUUUGGUGGCGGGAGCUUGCAGCAUGGCCAUUGGAGAGUUUGUUUCAGUUUACUCCCAAUAUGAUAUAGAGAUGGCUCAAAUGAAUAGAGAAAGUAGGGUGGAGAAAAGUGAGUUGGAGGCUAAGAAAAAGAAGUUGCCAAAACCUUUACAGGCAGCAGCCGCCUCGGCCGCUGCUUUCACGGUAGGGGGAUUGGUGCCUUUGGUGGCGGCAUUCUUCAUAAAGAACUAUCAAGUCAGGGUGGGAGUGGUGGUUUCCGCCGUGAGUUUGGCACUAGUUGGUUUUGGAGGGUUGAGUGCAUUUCUUGGGAGGGCACCACUAGCGAAAUCUUCCUUGAGGGUUUUGAUUGGAGGGUGGUUGGCCAUGGGAAUCACUUUUGGUCUAACCAAGUUAAUUGGGUUAACUGGUUUUAAUUCAUGAACUCUUCAUUCGACUGUCGAUUUCGUGAACUGAGUCAGUAAACCGAUCGAAACGAGGCAGUUUUUCAUAGUUGCCUUAGUUGAAGAACCAUAUUUUCUUGUAGAUUAAGGAAUAACUUUUUUUUCACUUUACGGGGUGUUUGAACUAUAUUAUUUUGGUAAUAAUGCAUUCUUGAAUAGUGUAUUG